AUGAACCGCAAACCAAUUCGUAUUGUAUCAACUGCCGCUAGUGGUGCAGUUGAUGAAGCUAUAUUCGAAGAUGCAUUCAAUUCAUCUCAUGCUAUACCAUUUUCAUCGGGUAAAGAAAUUGAAAAUCAAUUAUUAAGCAUUCGAGAUAUAUUAGCUGAUACAAAUAAUGAUUGGGAAAAACGUGUUGAAGCUCUUAAACGAUUACGUUCAAUAAUAGCUAGUAAUGGUGAUCAAUAUGAAGAAUUUUUUCGUAAUCUUCGUCAACUUGAUUUACCAUUAAUAGCAACUGUUAAAGAUUUACGUUCACAAAUUGUUCGUGAAGCUUGUAUUACAUUAGCAUAUAUGUCAAUACGUUUAACAAAUCGUUUUGAACGUACAGCUGAAGGUAUUAUACCAGCUAUGCUUAGUUUAAUACAAAAUAGUGCUAAAAUUAUUUCAACAAGUGGUGCUGUUGCUUUGCGUUUUAUUGUUAGUAAUACACAAUCAAGUAAAUUAACUUCACUUAUAUUAGCUGGAAUUGAAUCAAAAUCUAAAGAGAUUCGAAGACAUACAUAUGAAUUAUUAGUUACUAUGCUUUCACAAUGGGAUUUUGUUUAUUUGGAAAAACAUGGACAAUUAAUACAUAAUGUAAUAAAAAAAGGUUUAUCUGAUGCUGAUCCUGAUGCAAGAUCACAUUCAAGAAAAGCAUUUGGAUUUUUUCGUGAUCAUUUUCCUUCGUUAGCUGAUGCUUUACUUGCUUCACUUGAUGCAUCAAAAAAGAAAACAUUAUUGGUUAGUUAA